AUGGAAGAACCUAAAGAAUUUGGCACUGAAAGUAUCGAGAAGGCCAUUGUGCUUGAGGAAACGAUCGAUGUCGCCCUGGAUAGGCGUGUAAAUCGUAAAUUCGAUACCCAUAUCUUACCUUGGUUAUUCGGAAUUUGGCUCUUCUCAUUCAUAGACCGCAGCAAUAUCGGUAACGCUCGUAUAGCAGGCCUGUCAGACGAGCUAUCUAUCACAACCGGCACGCGGUUCAACAUUGCGCUUCUAGUCUUCUACAUCCCGUAUAUCCUCGUUGAUGUACCUUCGAACCUUCUUGUCAAGCGCCUACGUGCCGGCAUAUACUUACCGGCUCUUAUAACUGCAUGGGGUUUAGUGUGCACAUUCAUGGGCUUCGUCCAGUCUUUCGCCGGGCUGGUCGCAUGUAGGCUGUUGCUAGGACUAUGUGAGGGUGGUAUCCUUGGUGGCGUGAUAAUCUAUCUUGCCAUGUUCUAUAGGAGAGGAGAGAUGUUGUUGAGAAGCGGGUUGUUCUACUGCGCUGCGCCUCUAUCUGGGGCCUUUGGUGGACUGUUAGCUUCAGGAUUGGCUACUAUUGAAGUUGGGCAGUAUCGGAGGUGGCCCUGGAUUUUCUUUGUCGAGGGCGCAAUAACUGUUGUCUUCGGCAUCAUCUGCUUUUUCUUCAUGCCCGACACGCCUGCGGCAGCAGGUUUCUUGAGCGACGAAGAGAAAGAAUGGGCAUUACGCCGCAUGAGACUUGACGCGGGAGGGUCUACUGAAGUCGAUGUGGAAGAUGAGAAGUUUAGCUGGUAUUGGGUAAGGAUGGCACUGAAAGCCCCGCAGACCUAUCUUUCUGCUUUCAUCUGGUUCUUCUUAUUGGUACCGCUAUACAGUUUUUCAUUGUUCCUACCUAGCAUCAUCGCAGGAAUGGGCUAUCGAAGCACUACUGCGCAGCUUUUCACGGUGCCCCCCAAUAUGGCUGCCUUCAUCACCGUCAUCGGCACGGCGUAUGCCUCGGACAAACUAAAGAACCGGGGCUACUUCAUCAUCGGAGGAUGCGUUUUGGGAAUAUGCGGUUACGUGAUGUUGAUAGUAGCAACGACCAAUGCCGUACGAUAUGCCGGCACGUUCCUAGUUGCCAUCGGUGUCUUCCAAGGCUCACCCAUGCUCAUGGUAAGCUUGAUCUGA